AUGCCACAGAAUAAUGCAAAACCUGUUUUGUUUGCUGAUUAUUUUAAUCAACAAUCAAACUCUAAUAUCUCAGCAAAUAACAAGAAAAAAAAUGAUAAAAAUUACAAACCUGAUAAACAAAAAAAAGAUUCAAAUUCUGAUAAAGAACAAAAAAAUGAAUUAUUAAAAUCUCUAAGAAAAAAAAAUAUCGAUAUAACAAAAAAUAGAGAAUCUAUAAACAAACUUAAUAGAGAAAUUGGAAAAUCUAGAAUGGAUGAUGAAAAAAUUCAUCUAAAUAAAAGAAUAAGUUUGUUAGAAAAACAAGAUUUGAAAUUAUCCAAAGAAAGAAUCACUAUAAUUAAAAAUUUGUUUAAAGUUGGUGAAACACUAGCUAGUUUAUUAACAAGAAAAAUAAUCAAUGAAGAUAUCAUCAGAGAAAUAGAAAAAAUAUCACCAAAAUCAACCUCUGAUCUUGUUAAAAACGAUAAAAGAAAAUCUAUAAAAGAUAAAUCAAAUUCUAAAGUUGGAAAAAAACAACAAGAACUCACAUAUUUACAAAAACAAUUAAAAACUUUUUUUAAUAAACAAUCAUGA